AUGUUGGCGCCAAGUGUAUCAUUCCCCACUUGGCUUCUUCUCAGUCACCCUCCAGUUGUUGAGAGAAACUCUCCACCAUUUUGUGUUGCUCUCCUGGCCAGAGGCCCGCUCACAACAUCCCUGGCCAGAGGCUCACUCACAUCUCUGACCAGAGGCCCGCACACAACAUCCCUGGCCAGAGGCUCACUCACAUCUCUGACCAGAGGCCCGCACACAACAUCCCUGGCCAGAGGCCCGCACACAACAUCCCUGGCCAGAGGCCCGCACACAACAUCCCUGGCCAGAGGCCCGCACACAACAUCCCUGGCCAGAGGCCCGCACACAACAUCCCUGGCCAGAGACCCGCACACAACAUCCCUGGCCAGAGGCCCGCACACAACAUCCCUGGCCAGAGGCCCGCACACAACAUCCCUGGCCAGAGGCCCGCACACAACAUCCCUGGCCAGAGGCCCGCACACAACAUCCCUGGCCAGAGGCCCGCACACAACAUCCCUGGCCAGAGGCCCGCUCACAACAUCCCUGGCCAGAGGCUCACUCACAUCUCUGACCAGAGGCUCACUCACAUCUCUGACCAGAGGCCCGCUCACAACAUCCCUGACCAGAGGCUCACUCACAUCUUUGACCAGAGGCCCGCACACAACAUCCCUCGCCAGAGACCCGCUCACAACAUCCCUCGCCAGAGACCCGCUCACAACAUCCCUGGCCAGAGGCCCGCUCACAACAUCCCUGGCCAGAGGCCCGCACACAACAUUCCUGCCCAGAGGAGGCUCACUCACAUCUCUGACCAGAGGCCCGCACACAACAUCCCUGGCCAGAGGCUCACUCACAUCUCUGACCAGAGGCCCGCACACAACAUCCCUGGCCAGAGGCUCACUCACAUCUCUGACCAGAGGCCCGCACACAACAUCCCUGGCCAGAGGCUCACUCACAUCUCUGACCAGAGGCCCGCACACAACAUCCCUGGCCAGAGGCCCGCUCACAACAUCUCUGACCAGAGGCCCGCACACAACAUCCCUGGCCAGAGGCCCGCUCACAACAUCCCUGGCCAGAGGCCCGCUCACAAACAUCCCUGGCCAGAGGCCCGCUCACAACAACCCUGGCCAGAGGCCCGCUCACAACAUCCCUGGCCAGAGGCCCGCUCACAACAUCUCUGACCAGAGGCCCGCACACAACAUCCCUGGCCAGAGGCCCGCUCACAACAUCCCUGGCCAGAGGCCCGCUCUCAACAUCCCUGGCCAGAGGCCCGCUCACAACAUCCCUGGCCAGAGGCCCGCUCACAACAUCCCUGGCCAGAGGCCCGCUCACAACAUCCCUGGCCAGAGGCCCGCUCACAACAACCCUGGCCAGAGGCCCGCUCACAACAUCCCUGGCCAGAGGCCCGCUCACAACAUCCCUGGCCAGAGGCCCGCUCACAACAUCCCUGGCCAGAGGCCCGCUCACAACAUCCCUGGCCAGAGGCCCGCUCACAACAUCCCUGGCCAGAGGCCCGCUCACAACAUCCCUGGCCAGCAGCAUUAA